AUGUCCGCAAAGCGGGGAAGGAAGCGCGACGACAACCUCCCGCCGAACCGCGCCCGCGACGCCCAGCGCGCCUUCCGGGCGCGCCGCGCGAUGCACCUCCAGGAGCUCGAGGCGCGCAUGAUUGAGCUCGAGGAGGAGAACGCGGCCCUCCGCCGUGCGCUCAACCUGCCCCCCGCAAACCGCCCGCCGCUGGGGUCGGGCCCGACGGGGAAGAACCCCCCGAAGCCGCGGCCCUCGAGCGCACCGGCGGCGGUGCAGGUGCAGCAGGUCGUGGUCCCGCAGGAGCAGCGCCCGCCGUCGCCGCCGCCCCCGAGUCUGGCGGCGCUGCUUCAGGGGGUGCCACCGCCGCCACAGCAGGUCCAGGAGCAGCAGCAAGCAGAGCAGCAGCCCGAGCCGUACCCUCCCCCGCCCCCGCCGCGCGCGAUGGACCCCGCGCCGUGGGCGAUGAACGGCACCGCGCCAGGCGCAUACCCCGGCAGCUACCCUCCGCCCCUCGGCCCCCCGCCGCACUCGGCCCCAUACGGAGGCCCGCCCAAGUACCCCCCUGCGUUCCGCGCGUAG